GACCGAGACAGAGGCGGGGCCAGGGCGGCCCUCACGGCGGGAGUGGGAAAUGAGCAGGGCCGUAGGGAAAGGGCGAGAGGCGGCCCCGGGAAAGGCUGUUUGUCACCGGAUCGUGGCUCGGCACGGCACGGGUGGGGUUGUGCUGGGAGGUGACCCCGCAGAUCGCGUUCCCACCCCUCUGCCAUGGGCACGGGCUCCUUCCUCCAGGCCCGGUUGCACAGAGCCCCAUCCAGCCUGGCCUGGGCACCUGCAGGGAUGGGGCAGCCACACCUUCCCUGGGCAACCAGUGCCACCCUCACGGCGGUGAAGAAUUUCUUCCCAAUAUGUAAUCUAAAACUACUCUCAAUUUGAACCCCUUCCCCCUUGUCCUGCCAGUACAUGCUCUUGCAAAUAAUCUCGCCCCAUCUUCCCUGUGUGUUUCCUCGGUAGUGGAAGGAGAAAGUUUUGUGAAAUAAGCACACACAGCCCCGCGUUUGAGCCGCUGCCUGAGGGGCAGUUUUCCUCCCUGCCAUCAUUCCUGUGGUCCUCACAAAAGUUCAUGAGCUGUUGCUUUCUCCAAAGCCAGGCUAACCCCACACUCCUUCCCCACACUCCUUCCCCACAUUCCUUCCCCACACUCCUUCCCCACGCUCCUUCCCCACACUGCCUUGAGCCAGAACCUGAGCCCUGUGCCCACAAACAGCCAGGGGUGCUUGUCCUGCACCCAGCUCAGCCCCGAGGACACCACGCUUUGUAUCAAUGCCACCCAAACGCCGCCUCACGGGCACCGAGGGGAGCCAAGGGCAGCGGGGUGGUGGAGCAAGAGCAGUGUCACUGCUCUCUUAUUCAGGCCCUGUGGCCAAGGCAGAAUGUAAUUAACUAUUCAAAUGUUACAGUCCAGUCUUUGGCAGCAAAGCUGAUGCUGUUAAUUUUUUUAGAAAUUAAGGCCUGUAAGGUAGCGUAGCUUAAUACAAACCAAAAAUAAGCUCUCGUUUGAAAAAUUAACCAAAUCUGUCAGGCAGCAUGAAUGUUAACGUUUCAGCAAGGGCUGCGUCACUUAUGUGGAACCACUUCUUCUCUAAUCUCACAGAUGAGAGAAGCACUGUUAGCAGUAAUGAGAUCGUGCCUACAUGGGCAAUUAACUUGUGAUUCCUCACCAAACAGCAAACAAUUGCACUGCUAGAAAAGUGAGGAAAUGACACCGAGAUAAUUGGAAAAGGAGGAAAAAACAGAGCUGUGUCAAGAUCUAAUAGACAUUGUCCCUUGUGGCAUCCCCUGAGCUAAAGCCAUAUAUAAUUCAACAUUCUCAAACGUGCUUAAAAAUCUACUGCCAGCAGGGCUGGCUCGGUAGCGUGUUCACAAGCAGCAGCCUGAGUGUGCUGGGCAGCUGUGGGUUUGAGCAGAUUCACAAAGCUCAAGUGCUACAGCAGUCACAACAAUCAGUGGUAAUACACAGCCUGUUUUUUAUCAGGUAGACCCCUGCUGAACAGACUGCAGAGAUAUGUUCCUGUGAAAACCUCCCUAGUGGCAUCGUCUGCUUUCUUCACCAUAAUUAGCUUUCCAGAGGUCUAACAUAAACACGCAGGCCCCAUAAAAAAAGCUCCUGCUAAUUUGAGAGGACUUUGCCAGACACUCUGCCUAACACCCCAGCCUUGGAAAUCACACCCAGAGGCAAUGAAUGCUCUCUGCAGCCUUUAUUAAUGCCACCUCCAAAAGUGAGAGCGUACUCUGGCUUCAGUGAGGGCUCUCUGUGACCAUUCAAAGUACUUCAGAGCCCGUUCUCAGCGUGUGACAUUCAUGCUGGUGACACUCAAGCAGCACGCUGCUGAAGGACAGCCGGGGCACAUCUAUAUUUGUGCCAUUGCUCAUUGCUGGCAUGCCCCUAUCUGAGCAAGGAGGCAGGCUUGAGACUCAUCAUCUCAAAAGCCUCCCUGAGGAUACCAAUGUCAUCCAGAUCUGGCACCACGAGAGACUAUGAGACUAGCGGCCAGUCACGACAUCAUUCGGCUUCCCCACCAGUCCCAGAGUCUAGUGACACUGAGGCUGAAGGUCUGAUCUUUUAUCACAUGGAUCUUUAUGGAUCAAAGGAGAGGUUUGAUAUCUUUCCUGAAGAGCUCUCUGGUCGAGGAGACAGAUCUCUGGGUGAUACGAGACAGGAACCUGCAUUGAGUAGUGAAAAAGUUCCGCACCCACAAGAAGUUGGCUAUGACUUGGAAAAGGAGGUUGCAGAGUUGGCUAAGAUGUAUGGACUUGAUGAGGAUAGAGAAAAAGAGCUUGAGCUUCUUGAAGGACAUCUGGAGAAGGUGGAGAGCAGAUGGCCACCAGCUCGCCCAGAAAAAGCAGGAUUACAAGGCUCCAUAUAUAACAUAUCAAAAAGCAGCUCUUCAGUGAAAGAGCCAAGUCAAAGCACAAAGCAACAAGGACUUCCUGAUGAGGCUUCUCAAGGUGAAAAUCAGAGCAAAGGCAGAGCAGAUGAUGAGGCUGAGAGCAGCAUAUGGUCCAGAGGGGGGCUAAGCAGUGGUGGCAUGUCAGACGAGUGGAACAGUCAGGCUGUCAGUGAGGAGGAGGGGGAGGAGGAAGAGGAAGAAGCAGCAGAUGUUUUUUGUUCCACCUGCAAGAUACCAAUCCGAGCUUUUGACAAACUAUUUGGUGAACACAAGGAUCACGAGGUUGCUCAGCUCCCCAGAGCUGUGGAAAGUGAAAAGGAGGAGAUCCAUAAAAACAUGUGCAAGUUGGAAGAACAGAUUGCUCACAUGGAAAAUGUUGCCAGCCAUUUGGAGGAAAUCUUCAUCACUGUAGAGGAAAAUUUUGGGAGGCAGGAGCAGAACUUUGAGGUGCAUUACAAUGAUGCAGUGCAAGUGCUCGCUCAGAAGUAUGAAGAGCAGCUGGAAGCACUGGGAGAAGAGAAGAGGCAGAAGCUGGAAGCUCUGUAUGAGCAGCUGGUCAGUUGUGGGAAACAUCUUGAUACCUGCAAGGAGCUGACAGAUGAAACCCAGGAGCUUUUCCUGGAAAAUGACAAAGCUGAAUUUAUGAAGGCAGCAGUAACCAUGGUUGACAGGCUGGAAGAAUUCUUAAAGAAAGAAGUGGAUUUAGAGCUUUCAACGCUGCCAGACUUUGAAGAGCGGGUCAUAGAUGUCUCUGAAGUUGAACAACUAAUGAACUCCAUUAAUGCUAUUCCAGCUCCCUGUGCCCCUGUGAUCAAUCCCCAGGCUCCCAAUGCAGCAACUGGCACUUCACUGAGAGUUUGCUGGGGCCUCUUCUCGGAUGACACUGUGGAGUGCUACCAGCUGUGCUACCAACCUGUGAGCAAUGAGAGGCACAGUGAUGGGCAAGCAGAGCACACACUAAAAGUCAAAGAAACAUACUGCACCAUUACUGAUCUGUUGCCAAACACACAGUAUGAAUUUUGGGUCAGUGCUUUAAACGCCUCUGGCAUCAGUCCACCAAGUGAAAGAGCAGUUUAUGUAACAGCUCCUUCACCACCAAUCAUAAAGAAUAAAAAGAUCCGAAGCUGUGAAAAUGCAGCACUGGUGUGCUGGGAAUCCAGAGACCUUAACCCUGUUGAUUCCUACACAGUUGAAUUGUCCAAGCUGACAGAUGAAGAAAAUGAUGAUAUUAUUACUGAAUCUAUUGUUGGGAUCCCUAACUGUGAAGUCCUAAUUCACCUCCAGCCAGCACAAAAGUAUCACAUCUGUGUCAGAGCCCAAAACCUGGGUGGCUCCAGUGAAAGAAGUGAACCUGUCCUGAUACACACCACAGGCACCUGCUUCUACCUUAAUGAGGACACAGCCCAUCCUUUACUGGCAAUUCUAGAUGAUGGAUUUACCAUUUCAUGUGAUGAACUGGAAAACCCAGAGUGUGAUCUGCCUGUCUAUGAUAACAGCUUUACAAGAUGUAUUGCCAUCCUGGGCAGUCUGAUCCCAUUUCCAGGAAAGCAUUACUGGGAGGUGGAAGUUGAGGAAGAUACAGAGUACAGAAUUGGUGUGGCUUUUGAGAACACUCCAAGACAUGGUCACCUGGGGGCAAACAACUCAUCCUGGUGCAUGAGGCACAUCAUCACACCCUCAAGGCACAAGUAUGAAUUCCUGCACAGUGGGAUGACACCUGACAUCAGAAUUACUGUUCCCCCCAGAAGGAUUGGUAUCCUGCUGGACUAUGAGAACUGCAGACUGUCAUUUUUCAAUGCAGAUAUUGCCCAGCACCUUCACACAUUCAACUCACACUUCCAGCAUUAUGUCCACCCCUGCUUUGCACUGGAAACACCUGGUAUCUUAAGGAUACAUACUGGAAUUACAACACCCUCAUGGACUGCCCUGCCAUAGCCUGUGUUCUGCAGCUACCACACCCAUGUGUAACCUGCCCUGAGCAAUGCCCUCUUCCAGCAUUAACUGCACCACCAUACUCCCUGUGCACCAGCUGUUUCCCCCAAUAAGAGCAAAGUGACCCUGACCCAGACCACCUGCCAAGCCUGAGUCCUUAGUUUACAUCCUCUUGGGAAGGAUCUUUGAAAAAGCCACUGUGGUAACAAGAUCCAUCAGGAUCCCAGAAUUCUCAUUAGAAAUGGACACCUUCCUUCUCAGAGGUGACACUGUCACCCCACAGCAGUGGCAGCUGGAUCACAGGUUCCCCCAACAGCCACCUGAAGCCUAGGGAACUCCCCAGUUCCAAAGAAUUGCUAAUUCUACUUCUGAGUCUACUCAAAAGCUAAGAACUCAAAGAAAAACAAAAAUAGCAAAAGGCAUAAUCACUGUACAGCUGCUGGAGCUGAAAACACUCCAGCCAUGAAGCUGAUCUCCCAAUCAAGUGUUCUUGUUGCUACAUGAAGUCUGUGACUCAAGUUAAUCAGAUACGCCUCCCCUGUGUGUGAACUGUUAGUGCCUACCAAGUGAGGCUUUCUGGAAUACCCAAGCCUGCACUCCAGUCUCAAAUUUAAGCCAUUUUUACAGAAUGCUUCUCACUCAUUCAAAAAGAAUAGACAGGCUUUUUGCAGUGCUUGAUUGUCCUUAUAGAAAAACCUAAAGCAACACUUUUAGCUUUGCUCUUUUUAGCUAUGCUCGCCUCCACUUGGGUGUACCCUCCCUCCACACUCACAGAUGUGUUCUCCCCCUCAGCAUGGAAGAAUUCCACUCCAUGCUGUGCCCUAGAAGCUGUGGGUGUCCAGUGAGGCUGGAAGGACUCUGGCCCAGCACGCAGCUGAGAUAUUCUUGUUUGGGUUUCAUUUCCAGACAUCAAUCAAGACAGGCCCUGACUGUCAAGCAGGCCUGGCCAGCUCUGAACAGCCUCAUCCAUGUAUGUCAAAACUACCUGAACUCAAUCAAGAAUCAUUAACAGAGAAGCUUUUCCAGAGAUUUAUUGCACAUUCUUUACAAAAAUCCUUGGUUCAAGUUUCCAUUCUAGGGAAUCACCAGGAACAAGCAGUGGCCUCUACAAUAUGCAGGGUCUCUACAAAUAAAUGCCACUGGCAAAACUAAAGAGAUUUUACAUAGAAC